CGAUUCUCACCAGAAAGUUUCGGCAACAGCUUCGACAGAAGAUGUUCGCCUAGAUGCAUCGAUCGCCUCGGCCUACAUCAACAGCGAAAUGGCCGCCUCUGGAUUCGGUACACGAUCUGCAUAUCAGUCGACUUCACUUCCUCCACACUUUCCCCUGGACUUUAAGAACAACGUCAGCGCCAAGCCAACAUUGGCACCUAUCAGUGAUGUUUCGUACAGCGGCUCGAGCGCUGUCAACACGACUGCAAAGAUGCAAAGCGCCGAACCUCCCUUGCGUCCGCUAGAACGACGAAGAGUCAGCUCCGAAGAUGCCAUGAAAGCUCGGCCCAUGACGACGACGAGCAGCAGUGGCGGCGGAAGCGCCAAGAGUAGCGCCAGAUCGACAGAUGAGAGCAGUGCUAGCGGAAGCAGUAACGAAGGACCCUCGAUCCAGACGCCCGAAGCCGAGUUUGGGCUUCAUAUUGCCUCUUCCUCGAACGGGUCCUCGUCAGAAGCAACUUCCGCCAACAAUGUCAAUGUCUCAAAGCCGCCGAUUGGGUCCGGCAACUUCGAGUUUGCGCCCACGACACAGACGCUCUAAGUCCUCUUUUCAUCUUCAUCUAUUCAACCUUUCUUCUCCUCUUCCCCUUUUUCCCAGUCGCUGGACCGGACACCGCAACCUAUACAUUCCUCACGUCAUACGUCUAUUCCUCCUCUCGAGAUCACUGCAAGACAAGAACAUUUCUCGUACCUCAAAGCACGGACA